UUUUUUUUUUAUAUAUAUACUUAGCGUUAUAAUGCACGCAGCGUUCACACAAAAUGUCACCGAGGACUUUCAUCCUGCGUGCUUUAUUCUGUUUAAGACUCACAAGUGAAUCUCAAAGACAUUCUCAGCUUUGCCAGAGUCCAGCAGUCGGUUGGCCCAGCAUCCAGGCAGCAGGGAAGAAACACCGGUUUGACCUGCCGUUAUUAAAUGAAGAAGACUUGGAGGAACAGUUCGUCCGUGGCUCCGGACCAGGUGGACAAGCAACUAACAAAACCAGUAACUGUGUGGUGUUGAAACAUACCCCGACCGGUGUCGUUGUAAAGUGUCACCAGACCAGGUCUGUGGAGUUGAACAGGAAGCGCGCGCGCGAGAUCCUGCAGGAGAAACUGGACAUUGUUUACAAAGGUGAAGACAGCGAGCUGCUAAAGCAGAAGGAGGAGUCCAGGAGAAGGAAACAAGUCAAACGGAAGAAAGUGAACGAGAAUGUAGAAAAAAAGAGGCUGUUCAAGGAAACAUUAGAGGCUGGCUUCAAGCAAGAAGAUUAGAGGGAAUAAGCCCAUGACCUGGAAAUUGAAAACCAUCUUGAAGGACAUCAAUACUCUAAUUGCACGGCGAGGACCAAGGAGUGAGAAAGCUUCCAGAGGAGCUAUGAGCGUGGAUACACAGGUGUAUCGUAUGCAGAAGUUUCUCUUUUAGAAAAUACCUGACGCACGUAUAAAUGCCCCUCCUCCUUUACAUCUGCACCAAUCUCAACCAAAAGGUCCUUUGAUGAUGCGAUGGAAUUUUGUGUGAAAUAUAAUUAAAUAAUUAUAUGCUUACAAAGA